CACAUGGUGCAGAAUCUUUCCACCCCUAGACUCCAAAAACCCAAUCAGACAAGUGGCUGUAAUCUGACUCCCAGCUCACUGAAUACUGCAGGCAGGCAAUGAGAGCUGCACUCUGGCCAGGGAAGGCAUGAGUGACAGACCCGCAGCAAGGAGGUGGGGUAAGUGUGGACCAUUGUGUAGAAGAGAAAGCAUCAUGGUGGCCUUCAAAGGGGUCUGGACUCAAGCUUUCUGGAAGGCAGUCACAGCGGAAUUUCUGGCUAUGCUUAUUUUUGUUCUCCUCAGCCUGGGAUCCACCAUCAACUGGGGUGGAACCGAAAAGCCCUUACCCGUCGACAUGGUCCUUAUCUCCCUUUGCUUCGGACUCAGCAUUGCGACUAUGGUGCAGUGCUUCGGCCACAUCAGUGGCGGCCACAUCAACCCUGCUGUGACGGUGGCCAUGGUGUGCACCAGGAAGAUUAGCAUCGCCAAGUCUGUGUUCUACAUCGCAGCCCAGUGUCUGGGCGCCAUCAUCGGAGCGGGGAUUCUCUACCUCGUCACACCUCCCAGUGUGGUGGGGGGCUUAGGGGUCACCACGGUUCAUGGAAAUCUUACCGCUGGUCACGGUCUCCUGGUGGAGUUGAUAAUCACAUUUCAGUUGGUGUUUACUAUUUUUGCCAGCUGUGAUUCUAAACGAACCAAUGUCACUGGCUCAAUAGCUUUAGCAAUUGGAUUUUCUGUUGCAAUUGGACAUUUAUUUGCAAUCAAUUACACUGGUGCCAGCAUGAACCCCGCCCGAUCUUUUGGACCUGCAGUUAUCAUGGGAAAUUGGGAAAACCACUGGAUAUACUGGGUUGGACCAAUAAUAGGAGCUGUCCUUGCUGGUGGACUUUAUGAGUAUGUCUUCUGUCCAGAUGUUGAACUCAAACGUCGUUUUAAAGAAGCCUUCAGCAAAGCUGCCCAGCAAACAAAAGGGAGCUAUAUGGAGGUGGAGGACAACAGGAGUCAGGUAGAGACUGACGACUUGAUUCUAAAACCUGGAGUGGUGCACGUGACUGACAUUGACCGAGGUGAGGAGAAGAAGGGGAAAGACCCAUCUGGAGAGGUGUUGUCUUCGGUAUGACUAGAAGAUAGCACUGAAAGCAGACAAGAACCCUUAGAACUAUCCUCAGAUUUCCUUCCACACAUUAAGGAAACAGAUUUGUUAUAAAUUAGACAUGUGCAGUUUGUUGUUCCAUGUCAUAUUACUCAGUCUAGAUAAUAAAUAUUUUAUUAUUUACCAAG